UAACUAUUGAAGUCUGCUGAACGCAGCCAUUAUGUGUCGUUUGGCGCCAAGCUUUGCUUUUGCUUUAUUCCGUUACUGUUUUGUUUACAAAGUGUAGUGCAGUACUGCAGUGUACAUUUUAGUUGAAGUUUAUUAUCAUUUAUUAUAGGAAUAUAUCAUAACUUGAAAAUGUCAGAUAUACGAAUGCUGGGGAAGCGAUUAACACAACGCAUCGGUCAAGAGGCGAUCGUGCUUGGCAGAAUUACGGAGAAAAGUUCUGAUGGUAAGAGUGCAGAGAUCAUGACAACCGACGACGUUCGAAUUAACAUGACGUUUGUCGAGCCACUUGAGAAUAUAUCGGGUUACAUAGAGGCACGUGGUACGGUGAGGUCAAAAUCUACAAUGUCCUGCAACAGCUUUGUAUGUUUUUCUCCAAGUAUGACUAAAGACUUUGAUUCAAAUGCCUAUAAUACAAUGGUGAAUGUGCGCUGUGCAGUGGGGAAUCAAUUAGAAGGAGUGUUCUAUGGAGAUUAAGAAUCAGUUAAAAGGAGUGUUCUAAACAAAAAGCCAAGAAAUUUACAUAUACAAAU